AUGUAUGAGCGCUGGUGCCCCCAGCGGGUGGAGCAGCAGGUGGACCGCGUGCUGUACCCCCGCCAGGAGCUGGAGGUGGGCUGCUCCCAGGUGUACCAGUACAGCACCCAGGGGUGGCGGCUGGACGUGGAGCGCAUGCGCCUCCGACACGGGGGGGACGACGGGAUCGCGCGGUACUACCAGCAGCAGGGCCCCAGGGCCAACUGCUCCAUGUACAGGCCUCCAGCGGUCGAGAGCCAGAGGGUGAACAGGACGGUACAGGGCUGCUGCGAGGGCUGGGGAGGUCCUCACUGUUCCCAGGGGACGGGGGUACGCGGCCACUGCUUCUCCACCUGGAGUUGUGAGGACUUCCCAGGGGUCCACAACUCGUCGCUGAUGUCCAUGGAGCAGUGCUGUGGGGGCUCCUGGGCUCUGAGCUGGCGCAACGCUUCAGACGCUGCCUGUCUGUCAUGUACCUACACCCUCCUGCCGGACUCCCAGUCCUCCCUGCUGGUGCGGGGGGGGCUGCUCGGCAGCACCAGGGACCCCCAGGGGUCCGCCACAUGUGUGACCUGGGGCGGGGCCCACUUCCGCUCCUUCGACAGGAAGCACUUCCAGUUCCAGGGCAGCUGCACCUACGUGCUGGCGGCCUCAACCGAUGGCACCUGGGCUGUCUACGUCAGCACCAUCUGCGAGGGCGGAGGAGACUGCAGUAAGGCUCUCCGGAUGAUGCUUGGUUUGGACCUGGUGUCUGUCCGCCUCGGGAAUUUAACCCUCAACAACGUCCAGGUCGGCCAGGGAGAACCCCUCUUCCAAAAUGGAGUGAGUGUCCAUUGGCUGGGGGACUUUGUGUUUGUGGAGAGCGGCCUGGGGGUCAGGGUGAAGUUUGAUCUGAACAACACGGUAUACCUGACGGUGACCGCUGAGCACAUGGCCACCACUAGGGGGCUCUGUGGGCUCUACAACAACAACGCUGAUGACGACUUCCGCACCAUGGCCGGAACGCUGUCCCAGUACGCUGCAAGCUUUGGAAACUCAUGGAAGGUUCCGGACCCGCAGAACCAGGGCUGCAGCGACGCGGCCGAGCUGGGCCACAGCUGUGACCUCACGGGGGACGCCGCGCUGCGCAGGCAGGCGGAGGCUGAGUGCCAGCGCCUGAUGGAGAGCCCCUUCUCCCAGUGCCACCAGCGGGUGGAUCCGGCGGUCUACCUGGACACCUGCCUGUACCUGUACUGCAGCGUGGCUCCCCGGGGCCGGCCCGCCGCCGUGUGCGACACUCUGGCCAGCUACGCCCGCGAGUGUGCCCAGCAGCACCUGGUCACCCUCUGGAGGACGGCCGCCCUGUGUGGUCGGGUGUGUCCCAGGGGCCAGGUGUUCUCGGACUGCGUCUCCUCCUGCCCCCCCAGCUGCGCGGCCCCCCAGCCCCCCGGCCACGCGGCCGCCCUGGGCCAGUGCCGGGGGGAGUGCGUGGGGGGGUGCGAGUGCCCCCCGGGGCUCUACCUCCACCAGGGCCUCUGCAUGAGGAGGGCCGACUGCCCCUGCUUCCACAGAAGACUCACCUACCAGCCGGGGGCCACCAUCCAGAAGCAGUGCAACACCUGUGUGUGUAAGAACGGCCAGUGGCUGUGUACUGGGGAGCGCUGCGCUGCCCAGUGCAUGCUGAUGGGGGCGCUGCAGGUCACCACCUUCGACAGGAAGAGGUAUUCCCUUCAGGGCGGAGCCUGCUCCUUCACUGCUGUGGAGGACUUCGUGGACAGGAAGCUGGCGGUCAGCCUGCGGUGUGGAGACUGUGACUCGUGGAUGGGGGGAGGAAGAGGAGGAGGAGGAGGAGGAGGAGGAGGAGGAGGGGGGCAGGGCUGUCUGAAGGAGCUGUCCGUCACAGCUCUCCGGACCACAGUCACCAUCACGGACACUGGCUCGGUGACGCUGAACGGGCAGAGGGAGGCGCUGCCGCUGGUCACGGCCGACCUGGUGGUGCGCCGGGCCUCCUCCUCCUUCCUCAUGGUGCAGACCUUCGGGGCCCAGCUGCUGUGGCACCUGGACGGACCGCUGGCCCUCAUCACCCUGCAGCCCGGCUUCGCCCACAAGGUGCGCGGCCUGUGUGGCACCCUGACCUGGGACCAGCACGACGACUUCACCACCCCCGAGGGCGACGUGGAGGCCAGCGUGUCGGCGUUCGCCGCCAAGUUCGCGGCGGAGCGCUGCGCCCUGCCGCCGGGGGGCCCCGCGGCCCCCGACCCCUGCACCACCUACGCCCAGAGGAGGCCCCACGCAGACGCCCUGUGCUCCGUCAUCCACAGCCCCGUCUUCCAGGCGUGUCAUGACGUGGUGGAGCGGGAGCCGUACCUGCGGCUCUGCCAGACGGAGGUGUGCGGCUGUGAGCAGCAGGGGGCGUGUCACUGUACGGUCCUCACUGCCUACGCCCGCCACUGCGCCCAGGAGGGCGUGGCCAUCCCCUGGCGCAACCACACCUUCUGUCCCGUGCGGUGUUCCGGGGGCCAGGAGUACCAGGAGUGCGGCCGGGCGUGUGGCGGCUCGUGUUCGGACCUGCAGCGGGGCUGGAGCUGUGAUGAAGAUGAGGUUGAUGACGGCGAUGGCGAUGGCGGUGGCGGCGGUAGAGGAGGCGGGCGCACCACCCAGAGCUGUGUGCCGGGGUGCCAGUGUCCCCCGGGGCUGGCUGAGGACCCCUUGGGCCAGUGCGUGCCCCUCGCCAUGUGCCCCUGUGUGCAGGGAGACAGGACCCUCCAGCCCGGCGUCACCGUCCAAAUCAACUGCAACACCUGCGUGUGUGAGCUGGGCCGCCUGAACUGCACCUCGCGGCGCUGCGAGGAGCUGAACCAGUGCCCCGGCUCCCUGGUCUACUCCCCGCGCUCCUGCCUGCUCAGCUGCUCCAGCCUGGACCCCCCCGGCCCGCAGCAGGGGGGCCCGGCCCGGCCCGGCUGCCUGGAGCCCCUGGCGGGUUGCGUGUGUCCCCAGGGGGCCGUGCUGCUGGGCGACCGCUGCGUCCCGCCCGAGGACUGUCCCUGUCACCAUAACGGACGCCUCUACUUCACCAACGACACCAUCACCAAGGACUGCAACACCUGUGUGUGUAAAGACCGCCGCUGGCUCUGCGGCCAGGCGGUGUGCGGGGGCGUGUGCGUUGCCACGGGCGACCCCCACUACGUGACUUUCGACGGCCGCUGCUUCUCCUUCCUGGGCGACUGCCAGUACGUGCUGGCGCGGGAGACGGACGGCCUGUUCAGCGUGACGGCGGAGAACGUGCCCUGUGGCAGCACAGGCGUCACCUGCACCAAGUCGGUCACCCUCAGCCUGGGGAACACCGUCAUCCACCUGCUGAGAGGUAAAGCGGUGACGGUGAACGGCAUGCCAGUGACCCUGCCUCGGUCCUACAGUGGCAGCGGUCUGACACUGGAGCGCGUGGGGCUGUUCGUCUCGCUGUCCUCACGUCUGGGGGUCACGCUGCUCUGGGACGGAGGCAUGCGUGUGUACGUGCGCCUGGCGGCCCGCCUGCGGGGCCGGGUCGGGGGGCUCUGCGGGAACUUUGACGGGGACACGGAGAACGACUUCACCACCAGGCAAGGCAUCAUGGAGUCCACCGCCGAGCUGUUCGGAAACUCCUGGAAGGUCAGCCCCUCCUGCCCGGACGUGGCGGACCAGGACCUCCGGGACCCCUGCGCUCUGAACCCCCACAGGGUGCCGUGGGCCAGGAGGCGCUGUGGCCUGCUGACCCAGGAGCUGUUCUCCCCCUGCCACCCUGAGGUUCCCUUCCAGCAGUACUACGACUGGUGUGUCUUCGACGCCUGUGGCUGUGACUCGGGGGGGGACUGUGAGUGUCUGUGCACCGCCCUCGCAGCCUACACAGAGGAGUGCAACCGCAGAGGCGUGUAUAUCCGCUGGCGUUCCCAGGAGCUGUGUCCCCUGCAGUGUGACAACGGUCUGGAGUACGAGCCCUGUGGUCCGGCCUGCCCCAGCUCCUGUCCCGCCAGUGAGCCCUGCUCUGAGGCCAGCGGGGGGGCUCUGUACUGCGUGGAGGGCUGCUUCUGCCCCCCCGGCACCGUCCAGAACGGUGAAGGCUGCGUUACCCGCUCCCAGUGCCCCUGCCAGUGGGAGGGCUCUGUGUUCCCCCCAGGAGCCAGUGUCACCCAGCACUGCCAGAACUGCACCUGUGAGGACGGCGUGUGGAGCUGCGGGGGCGUGGCCUGCCCCUCCCCCCUGUGCGAGGAGGGGGAGUUCCGGUGCGCGGGGGGCCGUUGCGUCCCCCCCCAGUGGCUGUGUGACAACGAGGACGACUGCGGGGACGGCUCAGACGAGCUGUGCCCCUCCACCUGCCGCCCCGACCAGUUCCGCUGCGCGUCCACCCCGAGCGGGCCCUGUCUGGACCCGGCCCGGCGCUGCGACGGCCACGCCGACUGCGUGGACCAAUCGGACGAGGAGUUCUGCGGGCCCGCCCCCCUGCCGCCCCUCUGCCCGCCGGGGGGGUUCCAGUGCGCCAGCGGCCGGUGCCUGGCCUCCAGCCGCGUGUGCGACGGGCGGACGGACUGCGGCUUCGCAGACGCCUCGGACGAGCAAGCCUGUGGCGUGGUGUGCGGCGAGGGGGAGUUCCUGUGUGCAGGCGGUCGCUGUAUCCUCUACUUCCACCGAUGUGACGGACAUGACGACUGUGGAGACCUCAGCGAUGAGAGAGGGUGUGUGUGCAGCCCAGCGGAGAUGCAGUGCCCGGGAGGCCGCUGCCUUCCCGCGGACCGGGUGUGUGACGGACGCAGGGACUGCCCGUCGGGCGUCGACGAAGCCCUCUGUCCCAGCAGAGUGACGUGCUCCCCGGGACAGUUCUCCUGCUCCGACGGCACCUGCCUGGACGCCACGCGGCUGUGUGACGGAAGGAAGGACUGUCCGGACGCGGAGGACGAGGACGCAAACAACUGCCAUUCGGUCGCCGUAGCGACGACGCCCUUACCGGCACCCCUGGCCCCGACGACGCCCUCGUUAGUCUGCAGGUCCAAUGAGUUUGGCUGUGGGACCGUGGGUCAGUGCGUCCCCGUGGCCUGGCGCUGCGACGGGGAGACGGACUGCAUGGACGGCAGUGACGAGCAGGGCUGCCCCGCGGGCCCCUGCGGCCCCGGGCGGGCGGCCUGCCUCAGCGGGGGGCAGUGCCUGGACCACCGGCAGCUCUGUGACGGGGUCCCGCACUGCGCCGACGCCUCGGACGAGAACGUGGACAACUGUGGCUCCGCCCGGAUCCCGCCCUGCCCAGGCAGCUUCUCCUGUGACAACCACACCUGUGUGAACGCAUCGCAGGUGUGCAACGGAGUGGCAGACUGUCCCCAGGGAGACGAUGAGCUGCUCUGUGACAAGGCCACGACCCCCGCCCCCCCAGGGGAGAGGAACACCUCCCUCUCCUGCCCCGAGUUCACCUGCGGGGACGGAUCCUGCGUCUCCUUCCAGACGGUGUGUAACGGAGUGGCCGACUGCCCAGACCCCUCGCCCAGCGACGAGCAGCACUGCAGGACCUGGGGUCCUUGGGGGGCCUGGGGCCCCUGCAGCACCACCUGUGGGACGGGCUCCGAGAGCCGGCAGAGGGCCUGUCCCCUGGGGGACCCUCUGCGGAGAUGCCGGGGCCCGGGGGUCCAGAGGCAGCAGUGCUUCAACACCACCUGUCCAGUGGACGGCCGCUGGCUGCCGUGGGUGACCUGGUCCAACUGCUCGCGGGGCUGCGGGGGGGUGGAGGUGAGGCACCGGGGCUGCGCUCCCCCUCGCUACGGGGGGACCGAGUGCGCCCUGCUGCCCGGGGAGUCCAACCUGGCCAUGGAGAUCAAGCCGUGCCCGGAGAACGCCACCUGCGUGAACCGCACCUGUCCCGCCGGCCUGGUGAGGCUCAGCUGCGGGCCGUGCCCCCUGUCCUGCAGCCACGUCAGCACCGGGACACCCUGCCCCCCGGACGACCACUGCUUCUCAGGGUGCUGGUGUCCGGAGGGCCAGGUGAUGGGCCCCAACCAGCAGUGUGUGGCGCCGGGGGAGUGUCCCUGCGAGGUGGGCGGGGCUCGCUACUGGCCAGGGCAGCAGGUGAAGGUGGACUGUGAGGUCUGCGUGUGUGAGGGAGGACGGCCUCAACGCUGCCAGCUCAACCCGGAGUGCUCAGUGCAUUGUGGGUGGUCCUCCUGGUCCGAGUGGGGGGAGUGUCUUGGACCGUGCGGGGUCCAGAGUGUGCAGUGGUCCUUCAGGAGCCCCAACAACCCCAUGAAGCACGGAGACGGACGCACCUGCAGGGGCAUCUACCGCAAGGCCAGGAGGUGUCAGACGGACCCGUGUGAGGAGUGCGAGCACCAGGGUCAGUCCCACGCCGUGGGGGACGUGUGGGGGGCGGGCGGCUGCCAGCUGUGCCAGUGUUUCCCUAACCUCAUGGUGCGCUGCGCCCCCUACUGCCCGCACGCCGCCGCCGGCUGCCCACCGGGCAUGACUCUGGUACCAGCGGAACGGGACAGGUGUUGCUACUGCGGAGGUACAGGUGAGUGCUGGUCUCCUCUGGGGGUCCAGUCCCUGCCAGCCUCCAGCUUCACGGCCUCGUCCCAGCAGGCUGCCCAUCCUGCUGGGGCCGCCCGCCUCUACGGCCGGGACCCCCGCACAGACCUCCAGGGCUGGAGCCCGGAGCCGGAGGAGUACCGGGACCUGCCCCAGAGGAACCGCCUGGACCUGGCCGGGCCCCAGCAGAACCCAUACCUGCAGAUAGACCUGCUGCAGCCCUACAACAUCACCGGUGUGCUGACUCAGGGCGGGGGUGUGUUUGACACCUACGUCUCCAGCUUCUACCUGCAGUUCAGCGUGAGCGGCGGUCAGUGGUACACAUACAGCGACCUCACCACGGAUGCCCGGCCCAGAGCCAAGGUGUUCCGUGGUAACCAGGACGACAGGGCUGUGGCGGAGGUGCGUCUGGACCGGAUGGUGUCCGCCCGUCUGGUGCGACUCCUACCCCAGGACUUCAGGAACGCCGUCUACCUCCGGCUGGAGGUCAUGGGCUGUGGCGAGGGCACACCGCCCCCCUCCACCACCGGCUGCCCCGCGGGUCAGUUCUCCUGCCCGCCCCCGGGGGGCUGCAUCCCGGCCGCCCAGCGCUGCGACGGGACCCCCCACUGUGCGGCGGGGGAGGACGAGAGGGGCUGCGACCCCCGACCCCAGGCCACCACCCCGUCAGACAGGCCUUACAGCCCUACGCCAGCCCCCCUGAGGACCCCGUCCACGGACGCCGUCACCCGGCCUGCAGUCACACCCACAGACGGGAGCCCCGGUCACCGCGGCGUCUGCUCCUCCGCCCUGGGACUGGAGGACGGCAGGAUCCGCUACGGACAGAUGAGCUCGUCCACGCACCGCGAGAACAACCCCGCGGACGCCGGGCGCCUCAACAUCGUCCCCAACGUGCUGGUGAUGGAGCCGGGCUGGAGCCCCCUGGCCAGCGACCCCCACCCCUACCUGCAGGUGGACUUGCUGGAGCCCACCUGGGUGUCGGGCGUGGUCACCCAGGGCAGCCAGCGCAUGUGGGGCUACCUGACCCGGUACCGGCUGGCCUUCGCCCUGCACAGCAGCCUCUUCAGCGACUACAGCGAGACCGGGAGGCCGGGCAGCCCGGCCAAGGUGUUCGAGGUGCGCAUGGUGGGCCGUGCCCCGGUGACCCGCUGGCUGGACCGCCUGGUGCGGGCGCGCUACCUGCGCAUCGUCCCGCUGGAGUUCAGACACACCUUCUACCUGCGGGCCGAGAUCAUGGGCUGCAGGGGCGACGAGCUGGUGACUCCCAGCAGCGUGACCACGGCGCCCCCCGCUGGCGGGGAGGUGACGGCGCAGCGCUGCGGGCCGGGACAGUUCCCCUGCCACCAGGGGGGCGGCUGCGUCCCGGCGUCGGCGGUCUGCGACGGACGGCCCGACUGCAGGGACCGCUCGGACGAGACGAGCUGCGGCACGGUGACGACAGCGGGCUCCCCCGGGCUGCAGAACCUCACCAGCUCUACGGGACGACCCGGUUUCCGUGGCGACGCCACGACAGGAGCCCCGGGCCUCUACAGCAUCCGCCCCCCCGGGGGCCGUCCCGGUGUGGCGACCACGCCCUCCACACCCAGGUUCACCGGCCAGCCCGGCCUCCACAACCACAGCACCCGUAAGAGCUCCUCCCCGAUUGGUCCGGGGAGCCCAGCUCCGGCCUGGGUCAGCAGCACCCCCCACGACGGCGGGCUACCCAGGGUGCUUUGCGUGGAGGGCCAGUUUGCGUGUGCGUCCUUCGGCUGUGUGGACCCCGCCCAGGUGUGUGACGGGCACCAGGACUGUUACGACGGAUCCGACGAAGAGCCCUGCGGCUCCACGGCCGCGCCGACCGUGAGCACGGUGCGCCCCCUGGUGCCCAGCCCCUGCUCUGCCAAGCAGUUCUCCUGCGCCAGCGGGGAGUGCGUACACCUGGACCGCCGGUGUGACCUCCACAGGGACUGUGUGGACGGCUCGGACGAGCUGCACUGCGUGGACUGCAUCACGUCGUCCUGGACGUCCUGGAGCCGCUGCAGCGUGUCCUGCGGUCUGGGCUCCCUGUUCCGCCAGCGGGACGUCCUGAGAGAGGCGCUCCCCGGGGGGGCCUGCGGGGGGGCCCAGUUCGACAGCCGGGCCUGCUUCCCCCGGGCCUGUCCAGCGGACGGCCACUGGUCGGAGUGGACGGCGUGGUCGGAGUGUGACGCCACAUGCGGGGGCGGAGUCCGGACCAGGAGGCGGUCCUGCUCGGCCCCGCCCCCUAAGAACGGGGGGCGGGACUGCGAGGGCAUGACCCUGCAGACCCAGAGCUGCAACGCCACGCCCUGCGGAACGGGGACCGACACACAGUCAGGCUGUGCCCACGGCAUGGUGCUGGUGACGGAGGCCGACUGUCUGGCAGGGAGGGUGGAGGACUGCCCCCCCACCUGCUCUCACCUCAGCCAGACCUCCAACUGCACCGCCAGCUGUGUUCCAGGCUGUCGCUGCCCAGAGGACCGGUUCCUCCGGGGGGGCCGUUGUGUGAACGCCAGCCAGUGUGGAUGCGUCUGGGACGGGGACACCCUGCAGCCGGGACAGAACUUCUCCCAGGACCCCUGCACCACCUGCGUGUGCAGAAACGGACAAGUCACCUGCGACAACUCCAGCUGUGUGGCGAGCUGUGAUUGGUCGGGCUGGUCGUCGUGGUCACUGUGUGACGUGACGUGUGGUGCAGGAAUACAACAGCGCUUCAGGUCCCCAGGUCACCACGGGGGUCCCAGCAGGGCCCGGUCCUGCCAGGGGGAUUCCACAGAGGCCCGCCAGUGCUUCAGACCCUGCCUGCCCGCGACGGCCGAGGGCCGGUGGACCCGCUGGACGGCGUGGUCCGAGUGCAGCAGGACCUGCUUCCAGGACGUCGACCAGGUGGGCCUCCGCCGGCGCUUCCGCACCUGCCACCGCCAGGACCCCCCCGCUGGCCCGCCGCAUGGCCCCGCCCUCGGCCACGCCCCCACUGGCCAGCCACAUGGCCACGCCCCCACGGACCCCCCCCCGGCCUGCAGCGGGGAGGGACAGGAGCAGGAGCCCUGUAACACUUUACAGUGUCCGGUGAGCGGGGGCUGGUCGCCGUGGUCCUCCUGGUCCCAGUGCUCGGCCGACUGUGACUCUGGCGUCCAGACCAGAGGCCGCCGCUGCAGUUCCCCUCCUCCGCAGCACGGGGGCAGCACCUGCCCCGGCCCCCACAUCCAGACCCGGGACUGCAACUCUGCGCCCUGCUCAGGCAUGUGUCCGGAGGGCAUGGUCUUCCUGUCGGAGGCGGACUGCGAGGCGCGGGGCGGGGCGUGUCCCCGGGCCUGUCUGGACAUGACCCCGGCGGAGGUGCAGUGCGCCACCAGCUGCUACGCUGGCUGCCACUGCGCCGCCGGCCUCUUCCUGCUCAACGGGAGCUGCGUGGCCCAGGCCCGCUGCCCCUGCUACCACCAGGGGGCGCUGCACCCCCCCGGGGCCUCACUGCCCGCCGACGCCUGCAACAACUGCACCUGCCUGGAGGGAGAGAUGCAUUGUGGUGCAGAACCAUGUCCUGUGGACUGCGGCUGGAGCGCGUGGACCCAGUGGAGCGCGUGCAGCCGUACGUGCGACGUGGGCGUGAGGAGGCGGUUCCGCUCGGGGACCAACCCCCCCGCCGUGCUGGGGGGCCGGCCCUGCAAGGGGGACCGGGUGGGCAUGGACACCUGCAGCGUCGAGCCCUGCUUCAGUGUGAUGGAGCCGUGGGGGGCGUGGUCAGCGUGCUCCGUCACCUGCGGCGGGGGCUACCGGAGCAGAACCCGCGGACCAAUCAGGACCCACGGCACCGCGCAGGGCUUCAGCGCCUGCAGCCUGCAGCCCUGUGGGGGCGGCCGGCUGUGUCCGCCGGGCCAGGGGUGGCAGCAGUGUGUCAGGGGAGAGGUGUCGUGUGAGGACGUCACCAUGGCGCUCAGCAGGAACUGCACCCCCGGCUGCCAGUGUCCAGACGGGACGGUCCUGCAGGACGGUGUGUGCGUGACGAGGGCGGAGUGUCGCUGUGACGUGGACGGGGAGCAGCACCUCCCAGGAGACGCCGUCACCAGAGGCUGCAACAACUGCACGUGUGAAGCAGGGAGGCUGACCAACUGCACUCAGCUGAGCUGUGACGUGGAUGGCCAGUGGUCGCUGUGGACCCCCUGGGGUCAGUGUUCGGUGUCGUGCGGAGCAGGGCUCCAGUCCCGGUAUCGCUUCUGCUCCGCCCCCCCGCGGUCAGGCAGCGGACUGCCCUGCCUGGGAGACCACCGCAAGGACCAGGCCUGCGUGGGCCCCCCCUGCACCCGUGAUGGCGGCUGGGGCCAGUGGAGCAACUGGACGGACUGUACCAAGUCCUGCGGCGGGGGUGUCCAGAGCCGGAGGAGGGAGUGUGACAGUCCCGCUCCGGAGGGAGAGGGGGACUACUGCGAGGGCCUGGGAACGGAAGUCACGGCCUGUAGCACCCUCCACUGCCCAGUGGCCCCGUGCUCCACCGUCCCAGGUACGGUGUUCAGCAGCUGUGGCCCCUCCUGUCCUCGCACCUGUGAUGACGUGACCCACUGUGAUUGGAGCUGCGAGGCGGGCUGCUACUGCACGGAGGGGAAGGUCCUGUCGUCCAACGGGACGGUGUGCGUGGGGCGCGAGGCCUGUCCCUGCCUGGACCUGAGCACGGGGCAGCGCCUGGAGGCGGGGGCCACCAGCCUGGCCCCCGACGGCUGCAACAACUGUACCUGUGAAGGAGGAAGGCUGAACUGCACCAGUGAGCCCUGUCCAGUGGCCGGGGACUGGUGCGAGUGGUCCCAGUGGACCCCCUGCUCCCGGACCUGUGGGGCGGAGUGGGUGACCCGCUACAGGGCCUGCAGCUGUCCCGAGCCCAGGGAGGGGGGCGCUGGCUGCCCCGGGGUACAGGAGGUCCACAACGGGGUGGGGGUCCAGGUCCAGAGGCAGCCCUGCCCGGUGAUCUCCUUCUGCCCAGUGCACGGCUCCUGGGGGCCCUGGGCCCCGUGGUCUGAGUGUGACGCCUGCGACGGGGCCACCAGCCGGACCAGGGAGUGCAGCAGCCCCCCCGCCCGCUUCGGGGGGCUGCCCUGCCACGGUGUCAGCAGGCAGAGGCGCGGCUGCCAUGACAACCACACCAUCUGCUCAGACUGCGGGGGGGGUCAGGAGGACUGGCCCUGUGGUAAGCCCUGCCCGCGCUCCUGCUCCGAUCUCCACGGCGACACGGAGUGCAUGGACUCCCCCGCCUGCAGCCCGACCUGCGGUUGCCCCGGUGACCAGGUCCUGCAGGACGGGGUGUGCACCCCCAGGGAUGAAUGCCGCUGCAAACACCACGACAGCACGUCUGCUGGCGGCAAUGAUGCCAGCAAUGCAUCAUGGGUAUGGCCCGGGCCUUCUGAUUGGCUGUACAUUAAACCAGGGGAAAACAUCACUAGUGACUGUAAAAACUGUUCCUGCGAGGCCGGGGUGCUUCAGUGUCAAACGGUGGAUGGUUGCCUUGUCGACGGAGGCUGGAGCCAAUGGGCAGCCUGGUCCGAGUGCUCGUUGCCGUGUGGAGGCGGGGCCAAGCUCAGGCACCGUCAUUGUGACAACCCGGGCCCUCAGAGCGGCGGGCGGGGCUGUGCGGGCGUGGCCGAGCAGCAGAAGGACUGCAACGCACAGAACUGCACAGACUCGGCGGGGGGCUGGCUGCCCUGGUCCCCGUGGGCCCCCUGCUCGGUCAGCUGUGGCGGAGGUGAGCAGUACCGCACGCGGCACUGCGCCUCGCCGCCCUGCAGCGGCCUCCACAGGCAGAGCAAGACCUGCAACACCCAGGUCUGCCUCGAGGUGGGCUGCCCCCCGGGCCGGCUGUACCGGGAGUGCGAGCGGGGGGAGGACUGUCCCUUCAGCUGCUCCCAGGUCAGCGGGCGGGAGGGCUGCUACUCCGACGGCUGUGAGGAGGGCUGCCACUGCCCCCCCCACACCUACCAGCACCGCGGCCUCUGUCUGCAGGAGUGCCCAUGUCUGGUGGACACCGAGCUGCUGACCUCCAUAGAGAGCGUCUCCGUGACGCCCCUCUCCUCUCUGCUCCUCCACAACGUCUCGGAGGGGGAGGAGCUCUCGCCCGGCAGCACCCUGCAGCACGACUGCAGCUCCUGCUCCUGUGAGCACGGCCUGUGGAACUGCUCCCUGGCCCACUGCCCCCUGGACGGGGGCCUGUCCCCUUGGGGCCCCUGGAGCCCCUGCUCCCUGUCCUGCGGGGGCCUGGGUCUGAAGAGCCGGUCGCGGGGCUGCACCAAGCCCCCCCCCGCCCACGGAGGACGGGACUGCCAGGGGGUCCGUCUGGAGAACACCUACUGCCAGGCCCCGGACUGCCCCGGGCUCAUCGGUCCUACAGAAGCCCCCAGCACACCAGACGAAGACACAGGCUUCUCCCCCUGGUCCUCCUGGAGCCCCUGCAGCCGGACCUGCAGUGACGCUCGCACCCCCGCCACCAAGACCCGCCAGCGCCGCUGCGUCAGCCCGCCCUGCUCCGGGGCCCCCCACCAGGAGAAGGCCUGCAACCUGCCCCAGUGCCCAGACGGCGGGGCCGUGUGCGUGGGGGAGGGGUGCGUCAGCAGGAACUGCUCCUGGACGGGCUGGGCCCCGUGGGGGACCUGCUCUCGUUCCUGCGGCGUGGGCCAGCAGCUCAGGCUGAGGACCUUCGUGGCCCCGGGGCCCGGCGGGGCCUGGUGCCACGACAUCCUGGACGGGAACCAGGAGCAGCGCUUCUGCAACAUCCGGCCCUGCAGAGUGGACGGGGGGUGGUCCCGCUGGAGCCCCUGGUCCCGCUGUGAUAAGGUGUGUGGUGGGGGGCGCUCCAUACGCACCCGGUCCUGCUCCAGCCCCCCGCCCAAGAACGGAGGCCUCAAGUGUGAGGGGGAGAAGAACCAGGUGAAGCCCUGCGGCACCAAGCCCUGUGAAGAGAAGGGCUGUCCUCCAGGCCAGGAGGUGGCGCUGUGUGCCAACCAGUGUCCCCAGCGCUGCUCGGACCUGCAGCAGGGCAUCGAGUGCCAUGACGACGCAGAGUGCCAGCCUGGAUGCCGCUGCCCCAAAGGCCAGCUGCAGCAGGAGGGUGUGUGUGUGCAGCUGUGGCAGUGCGACUGCGUGGACUCUCUGGGUCAGACCUGGGCGGCCGGCAGCUCCCACCAGGUCUCCUGCAACAACUGCAGCUGCUCCGACGGACAGCUGCUCUGCACCAAUCACAGCUGCGAGGACGCCUGCUCCUGGAGCUCCUGGUCCAACUGGGCCUCCUGUAGCACUUCUUGUGGGCGGGGCCAGAGAACACGAUACAGGUCCAUGACCCCAGAGACCCCCGGGGCCAGCUGCCAGUUCGAGGAGGUCCAGCAUAAGUCAUGUGACCCGGGGCCGUGCCCGCGCCUCUGUGUCCAUGACGACCAGGACCUCCGGGUGGGAGACACCUGGCUGCAGGGGGAGUGUCAGCAAUGCACCUGCACCCCGGAGGGAGAAUACUGCCAGGAGAUCGAGUGCAGAGUGGACGGGGGCUGGACGCCGUGGUCGGUGUGGGCCGACUGCCCGGUGACCUGCGGACAGGGUACACAGGUUCGAUCCCGCGCCUGCGUCAACCCCCCCCCGCGCAACAAUGGCACCCACUGCGGGGGUCCGGAGCGAGAGGUCCAGGACUGCAGAGCCCCCCCGUGUCUGGACGACCUUUGCCCCUGGUCGCCGUGGUCGCCGUGCUCCCGCAGCUGUGGGGCGGGCUCUGCGCUGCGGCGGCGGGGCUGCGUGUGCGAGGAGGCGGGGGACGCAGCCUGCCCCCCCGAGGUGGAGGCGGAGCGCGGCGUGGAGGAGACCCAGCUGUGCUACAGGCGGCCCUGCCCAGGCUGCCCAAUGUCGGAGUGGAGUGAGUGGUCACUGUGUUCCUGCGAGUCUCAGAGACAGCAGCGCCAUCGCGUGGCUCUCUCCCCGGCCACCAGGGGGCAGCAAUGCUCUCCUGUGGAAACCCAGAGCAGAGCCUGCAACCUCAGCCUCUGUGACAGCUGCGACGCCCCCUUCCUCUACUCGGAGUGUGGCGCCCCCUGUGAGCAGCAGUGUGCACUGCGGGGCCACCCGGAGCUGUGUCUGGGGGCGGGGGGGUGCACCCCUGGGUGCUACUGCCCGCAGGGGCUGCUGCAGCACAACGGUAGCUGUGUUCCUCCGGAGGCCUGUGGCUGUGUCCACCUCCAGCAGGAUGGCCCCGACCGGCCCCCCACGCCCAUCACCGUCCCCCAGGGAGAGACCCUCGCCGUGGGCUGCAGCACCUGCUUUUGCCAUGAGGGGAUUCUGCAGUGUGACAUGAGAGAGUGUGAAGUCAUUCUCAGCGAGUGGUCAGCGUGGACCCCCUGCUCUCCGUGCAAGCUGUCCCCUGCGGGGCCCGAGGGGCCCGGCCCGGUGUCCCUGCAGCGGCGCUACCGGGCCUGCCUUGACCUGGACUCGGGCCUCCCCGUGCCUGAGGAGGAGCAGCAGGGCCAGUGUCCCGGGCCGCUCAGCCAGGAGCGCGCCUGCCCGGACCCCGCGGUGUGCCGAGACGUGUGUGUGUGGAGAGCGUGGGGGGCCUGGGGGGCCUGCACCCAGCCCUGCAGUGGAGGCUUCAGGCAACGCCACAGGCAGCCUCUCGCCCCCUCCCCAGGACCCCACUGCAGGAGGCAGCAGACCCAGAGCCAGAGCUGCAACACAGGCCUCUGCCCAGGUGAGCGCUGCGAGGACCGGGGGCGGACCUACCAAGAGGGCUGUGCCAAUCAGUGUCCCCGCAGCUGCACCGACCUAUGGGAGCACGUGCAGUGUCUACAGGGAGCUUGUCACUCAGGAUGCCGCUGUCCAGAGGGCCAGCUGCUGCAGGACGGAGAGUGCGUCCCGCUGGCUGACUGCCGCUGCGGCUUGCCGUCGGGCAACGGCAGCCUGGAGUUCAACCCGGGGGAGAACGCCACGCUGGACUGUAACGAUUGUGUGUGUGAGAACAGCCGUCUGGUCUGCACCAAGCAUCUCUGCCCCGCCUACCAGCCCUGGAGCCAAUGGAGCGUCUGCUCUGCCUCAUGUGGGCGUGGCCAGAGGACGAGGACACGCCCCUGCCUGGAGCAAGAGGGCGGGGUUCCCUGCGGGGACACGGAGCAGACGGACAGCUGCCUGCUGCCGGCCUGCCCAGCCGACUGUGAGCUGAGUGAGUGGUCCUCCUGGAGCGUGUGCAGCGCCUCGUGUGGCGGGGGGGUGUCGGUGCGGAACAAGACGCUGGUGCAGGAGGCGGAGCCCGGGGGGCGGGCCUGCAGCCCACCGCUGGAGCAGCACACCGUCUGUAACACCAGCAGCUGCCUGCCUGAGUGUCCCCGUGGCGAGGUGUUCAGUGUGUGUGCCGGCUCGUGUCCCCACACCUGUGAGGACCUGUGGCCCCAGAGCCAGUGUGUGGCGGGCCCCUGCACCCCGGGCUGCUCCUGCCCCCCAGGACAGGUGCUGUACGGGGGCUCCUGCGUGUCCCGGGACGACUGCCCCUGCUCGCCCCUCGCUCUCCUGCGUGGGAACCACGAGCUGAACUCCAGCGCCGAGGAGAGCGGCCCGGAGGCCCCGGUGCCACCCGGCUCCACCAUCAAGCACCUCUGUAACACCUGUGUGUGUAAGGGAGGCCUCCUGAACUGCACCUCGGACACAUGUGAUGUGGACUGCGAGUGGUCCGUCUGGUCUCCCUGGAGCUCCUGUUCCUCCAGCUGUGGUUCUGGACAACGUCGCUCCAACAGGACCGUGCUCCGGCCCAGCCGGUACAGUGGGGCCCCAUGUGAGGGCCCCGGCCAGCACACAGCGCCCUGCCUGGCCCCUGACUGUGCCUGCCCUGCGGGGGAGCGUUGGCGACGGGGGGGCCCUGAGGGCCCGGUCCUGUGUGAGAGGGGCUGUGGGGACAUGUACGUCCCCCCGCCCGCUAACUGCAGCGCCGCGGCGGAGGGCUGCGUGUGUCUGGAGGGGCGCUACCGCCAGGGGGGCGGGGCCUGCGUCCUGCCCGCCCUCUGCCCCUGUGAGGACGCCAGCGGCCGGACCAGAGAGGCGGGCGUGGAGUGGGAAGAGGACUGUGUCUGGUGCCGCUGUGUGAACGGGGUGAAGGAGUGCCGGUCCAGAUGCCCCGCCCUCUCAUGCGACGAGGGGGAGGUUAAGGUGCUGGAGCCAGGCGACUGCUGCCCCGUCUGCAGAAAAUCAUUCCCAGGUGAGCCGGAGGCGGUGUGCCAGCGCUACACCCAGGUGAGGAACAUCACUAAGGGAGGCUGUCGCCUGGACAACGUGGAGGUCAGCUUCUGCAGGGGCCGCUGCCAGUCAGGGGCAGACGUCAUCCUGGAGGAGCCCUACCUCCAGUCGGUGUGUGAGUGCUGUAGCUACCGCCUGGACCCGGUCAGCCCGGUGCGCUUCCUCAGCCUGCAGUGUGCCAGCGGAGACAGCGAGCCCGUCGUGCUGCCCGUCAUCCACAGCUGCGAGUGCACCAGCUGCCAAGGGGGCGACCUCUCCAGACGCUGAGGGGCUGUG